AUGACUAACGCAGAAUUGUUGCAAUCUCAAAUUAAGAAGCUCGCCGUACUGAAAUCUACACGGGAAAAGUUAUUUGCUCAAGUUCAAAACUGUUAUGACUCCGUGAAGAGAACCACCGUUGAUACAGCUCUUCAGUUCAAGCCUCGGUACGAAAAACUAGAGGUUAUUGAGAUAGAAAUGGAUAAGACUCAGAAUGCAAUUAUUCAGCUAAAUGCAGAUUUAUUGGAUAAUCGCCAUGCUCUCGAAGUCUACCUGGUGAAGACACAACCUCCGCAGCAAACCAGCAGUAAUUCGGUCGCCAACAGCAACCAGCAUUUGCCCAGAAUAAAUAUCCCUACGUUCACCGGUCGCAUCGAAGAAUGGUCGGUGUUUUUCUCACUGUUCGAUUCGGUUGUCCACAAAAACGAUGCGUUAUCAGAAGCUGAAAAAUUCCAGUAUUUGCGCUCUUAUCUGCGAGAUGACGCAUUAACAGUCAUUGCCAAUUUUCAUUUAACCCCCGAAAAUUACGCACUGGCGUAUGAGGCAUUGCAACUUCGCUACCAGAAUAAAAGACGGUUGGCGACUCACUACGUCAAUCAACUUCUAGGUUUUAGUCCUUUAUCAUCCCCAAGUUCUAGCAGUUUGAGACAUUUUUUGAAUAUUCAUUCGAAUUCCAUUAAUGCUCUUAAGGCUUUGAAUCUUCAAGACCUUGGUGAUUUUUUGCUGUUUCAAUUAUCGUUUGCAAAUUUGGAUCCUCUAUCUAGAAAAGCUUUUGAGAAUAGGCAAAGUUCAAAUUCCGUUCCCAGCUAUCAGGCGUUAAUUGAUUUCAUAACGGAUCAGAAUCGAACGUACGAACUUCUCUCUCAGGACACAAAAUCACCGAAAUGUAAAUCUCUAUCAGUUAAGUCAUUCCGUGCUUCACUCAUGACAAAUGCCAAAUCCGAUGCCUCCUCUACGUGCUCUGUCCCGUGCGUGCUCUGCAAAGGUUCACAUCCCUUUCCGGCAUGCUGCGAAUUUCUCCAGAAAACAAAUGAACAGAAAUAUGAUACGUUGAAGAGAUUGAGACGAUGUUUCAACUGUUUGGGUGCUCAUAAUCGAAAUGAAUGUCAAUCUCGUAAAACUUGUCGUAUUUGUCACAGCAACAAGCAUCACUCCGUGUUACACCAGGAGUCCAAGGUGGAUACCUCCGAAACUAGUACUUCUCCCUCUGUAGAGGAAAGAAAAUCUCCCGUUGUGUUUUCGUGCAAGACCUCAGCGGAGCGCAACACUGUUUUACUAGCGACUGUGACAGCCCAGAUCCAAGACUGUAAUGGAGAUUAUCACAAGAUAAGAGCUGUGGUUGAUCCCGGCUCUCAAGUAUCAGUGAUUACUUCAUCAACGGCGCAACAUUUGGGAUUAAAAAGAAGCAGAUCUCCCAUUGAAGUUACUGGCAUCGCCAGUUUUCCUGUCCGAACUCAAGGUCUCAUUCGUACCACUCAGGCUCUAGAACUCGUGCUGAUGUCUCAGACGUUACCUUCUCACAUUAAGGAUCAGUUCAGUCAUCUAACGUUAGCUGAUGAAAACUUCCAUCAAGCUGCUCGAGUUGAAUUCUUAAUUGGAGCAGAUCUAUAUCCUCACAUUUUAUGUAAUACGCAGCCUAAUGUUAUUCAAGGACAACCCUCUGCCAUUGACACAAUCUUUGGAUGGAUAAUUAUAGGCUCGAGUUCAUCUUCAACAAAUUCCCCCUUGUGUUCUCUUCUCACAUGCACCGAUUCUCUUGAUGAUACCGUUCGUAAGUUUUGGGAAACUGAGACUCUCGCUGAUAACCUUUCAGUCUCCAAUCCUGAAGAUGACUUUUGUCAAGCUCAUUUCAAGGACACGCACUAUCGCGAUCGUUCAGGCAGAUAUGUGGUAUCAAUGCCAGUCCGUGAGCAGCGCUCGCCGCUUCUCAGCAACCGAGAGACAACUCUGAACACUUAUCUCAAAAUGGAAGCUCGAAUGUCUCGGCGUCCCCAACUCAACGCUGCUUAUAUUACUUUUCUCCAAGAAUACCGCGAUCUCGGACAUAUGCAACUAGCCGCACAAUCUUCCAUGUACGUAAUGCCUCAUCAUUGUGUUCAAAAGGAAACUAGUUCAACUACCAAAGUGCGAGUUGUGUUUAACGGAUCCUCCUCUGACUCAAACGGGACAACGCUUAAUCAGGAACUUCUGCCCGGUCCUAAGCUACAAAAGGAUUUGAGCCACAUUCUCAUGAAUUUUCGCCUUCAUGCUAUAGCAGUCACAGCGGAUAUUCAACAGAUGUAUAGACAGAUUUGGUUGAAUCCAAAGCAACGUUAUCUCCAGCACAUAUUCUGGAGGCCAGAUCCCGCUUCUAAUGUGCAGGAGUAUGAGUUAAAAACAGUGACAUAUGGUUUAGCACCAUCAGCAUAUCUUGCUCAACGUGUCCUUCUCCAGCUCGUCGAGGACGAAGGGCAUGAGUUCCCAUUGGCAGUACAAGCUAUCACAGAAAGCACCUAUGUGGACGAUAUUGCGCAUGGUGCCUCUACAGUUGAGGAAGCGAAGUCGCUACAGUUACAACUCGCAAACCUACUCAAUCGUGGCGGUUUCCAGCUGAGAAAAUGGGCUAGUAAUGAUCCAAUUGCUCUAGAUCAUGUUCCAGAACAGCAUCGUGAAUCUCCGUUGAAUUUCUCAAGUGACGAUCCUUCUAUUAAGAUUCUUGGAUUACGGUGGGAUCCUCGGUCUGAUACUUUCACCUAUUAUGUACAAGAAUUUGAUUCUCAAGUUACCAAGCGCACUGUUCUUUCUUAUAUCGCUCGAAUCUUUGAUCCCAUGGGGUGGUUAUCUCCAAUUGUAUUUUGGGCUAAGCAUUUUCUGCAACAGAUAUGGAUCUCUAAAGUGGGCUAUGAUGAUAUCCUGCCGCCUUCCCUAUCGGAGGCUUGGGGAAGGUUUUCUUCUCAAAUGCGGUGUCUACGCGCACUUAAAAUUCUUCGAUACAUUCUCCAAAGUUUGCCACGUUUGCUCUUGGUGGGAUUCUCGGACGCUUCCUCUAAAGGAUACUCCGCUUGCAUCUAUUUACAUGCGUAUGAUUCCAGUAGCACUUGUAGGAAUUAUCUUUUGAAGGCCAAGAACAAAGUGGCACCCCUCAAGACAUUGACUAUUCCUCGAUUGGAACUCUGUGGAGCGUUGUUAUUAUCUAGACUACUUCGUGAUGUGAUUAAAUCUCUUAAAGCCGUAAGAUUUGAAAAUGUUCAUCUCUAUACCGAUUCUCAGAUUGUCCUUGCAUGGCUCCACACCUCUCCUCAUCUUCUCAAAACCUACGUGGCCAAUCGUGUAGUUCGCAUAUUAGAGCAUACAUCUCUUCACCAAUGGGCACACACAGUGUCGAAUCAAAAUUCAGCCGACUUUGCGUCUCGAGGAUUAUUUCCCGAAGAGAUCCUGGAUUGUCAUUCCUGGUGGAAUGGACCAGAUUUUAUGCGGAAUCCGCCGUCCAAGUGGCCCGUAAGCGACGAUAAUUAUGUCGCACCCGAAGAGCUCCCUGAGCGUAAAAACGAUCCUAUAGUUUUGCGCAUCCAAGCCGACCCAGAAAAUCCUCUGUAUGAAGUUGUGUCACGAUUUUCUUCAUUUAGUAGACUACAACGCGCUUUCGCAUUUAUUCGCCGAUGGCUACUCCGAAUAAGAUGUCCCGAGAUGAAGGGUCCACUCUCAAGCGAAGAGAUGCGAUACUCGACCUUAUCGCUUGUGCGUCUCACACAGCAAAACCAUUUUUCUCUGCUUAUAGAAGAGUUGCGUUCCAAAGGUCACACCACAACUCCAUUAAGGAAGCUGUUCCCAUUCUUGGAUGCAAUGGGUAUAGUUAGGGUGGGCGGACGGCUACGACACUCCGCCCUUCCCCUAGAUGCGAAACACCCUCUGCUUUUACCUCAGAAAGCUCAUCUCUCGGCUUUAAUUUGCGACUACUAUCAUCUGUACGCUUGCCACGCUGGACCUAGAAGCGUGCAGACGCUUAUACAGCAGAAGUUCUGGAUAAUAUCGAUUCGAUCCCUCCUACGGCAGCGCAUUUUUCGCUGCAUUCGCUGUUUUAAGUUUAAAUCGAAACCUGUAUUUCCCUUCAUGGCUGAUCUACCACCAGCUCGAGUUCAACCUAACAAGCCGUUUUCCUCUGUUGGCAUUGACUUUGCCGGACCCUUCACGGUCAGGGAAUGUCGUCGACGUAAGGCCCACACAUACAAAGGGUAUCUCUGUUUAUUCAUAUGUAUGUCUACGAAAGCGGUCCAUUUAGAAAUGGUCUCGGAACUCACCACGAAAGCCUUCUUAGCCUCGCUCAACAGAUUCACCGCACGCCGUGGUCUACCCUCUGACAUAUACUCUGAUUGCGGACGUAACUUUCUCGGCGCCGCUCGCCACCUGAGGGAGGUGAGUCAGUUUCUACGUUCGCACUCCUCUGAGAUAACGAGUUCCUUAACUUCUUUGGAGAUAAAAUGGCAUUUUAACCCUCCAGCCGCCCCCAAUUUUGGCGGCCUAUGGGAGGCUGCGAUCAAAUCCGCAAAGAGUCUCUUGUAUCGAUCAAUCGGCACCUCUCUCUUAACUUUCGAAGAGUACAGCACGCUAUUUUGUAAGAUUGAGGCGGUAUUGAACAGCCGUCCCUUAUGUGCCGUCACCUCUAACCCAGAAGACGCUGUAGAUUACCUAAGCCCUGGACAUUUCUUAGUCGGCAGACCGUUAUUGCAACCUCCUGAAGCUCCCUUGGAGGACAACUUGAACUGGACCUGUCGGUGGCAACUACUCUCCCAGCUGUAUCAGCGGUUCUGGAAGAGGUGGUCUACGGAGUAUCUCCAUACUCAACUCCAACGUCAGAAGUGGAAUAAGGAUCAACCAAACAUUCAACCCGGCGCCAUUGUCGCAUUGUAUGGCGCAGAAACUACCCCCCUUUCAUGGCCGUUAGGACGCGUACAAGAGGUACAUCCUGGAACCGAUGGAGUCGUCCGUGUGGCCACAGUGAAAACCUCGACCGGUUUAUAUACGCGUCCGGUAAACAAGCUCGUGAUUCUCCCAACCCAAUUCUCAAUGGAGAAUUGA